CCAGGAUAAAAUCCGACUUGAGCCGUCCCUGAUAAUUAACAAGGGAAGCAAUUUAAUAAUUAUCUCCCGUGCAGAGUUACAGUUCUUGCGGGGGAAAAAAACAAGAGGAAACAAAGAGUUGUCUCGAUAUUGUUUUCAGAUAUAUUUGAAGGCAUCUAGAUGUCAGACAUUUACAAAGUGUCCAAGAUCUACAAGGCAUUGCAGCAUGGAGAGACUCUGGUCAAAGAGCUUCACACACAAUUUAAGGAGGGUCGAAACUGUGACCUAGAGAUCAGACUGAAUAGGAAACGACUGUAUGUUCACAAGUGUCUUAUUGACACCUUCUUUAUAAAGGCAAGAGCAGAGUUAGAAGAUGACAGAUUUUACCUGGAUUUGUCUCGUUAUACUGAGCAUGUUGUGGAGGCACUAAUUGGUUUAGUUUACACUGGAAAUCUACGCUGUUCUUUGGACCAGGUAGAAAAAGUAUACAAGGCUGCAGUAGACCUAGGAUUUGUUGAGGCUCAAACUGGUUGUAUGACAUAUUUACGGGAAAGCGGAAUCCAAAAUGUUUUAAAUUCAGUUGCAACAUCAGAGGCCGUAUUACCUGAACCAUUUCCUAUAGAGGACCAGACUGAGCUUGAACCAAAUGUUGUUAUUAAAACUGAACCUGUGGAUGAUGGAGUGGGGGCUGUGAAUGAAAGCUUUACUCAGCCUGUAAAGAAAACUGACUACAGGAGCACAUUAUUGGUUCCUGUUUCCACACAAAGCCUUGGAGCGGGGACCAUUCCUGGUCUAAGGGUAGGUGCUGGUGAGCAAGUGAUUCAUUAUAAUCUAGACAGCCAAGUGAAUUUUGGAAAUUUCAAAACAAGCACAUCAUACAACAAGGUAAAUAACGUUAAGCCUCUUCCAGCAUUACCUGCUCAAAAAAUUCAAAGACCAUUACAAAAGAAAGCUAUAGUUGAGUAUGUGUAUCCCAAAAAAUCAAAUGACAACACACCAACCACUAGCAAACGUAAAGGUAGACAACCAAAAGUUGCUUGUCUUGAAAAGAAAAUUGUUGACAAAAUAAGAAAUCUGUCUGAGCAAAGCUGUGAAGGUGAUUCAGAUUCCAGCUCUAGAAAAAGUCUGCCUGAAAACCAGUCUAUCAGUGUUGUACCAGAAAAACAAAACAUUUCAGCUGCCACAGAGGAAUUAUCAAUCAACAAUGUUUCAAAUGAUUGUGAGAAAAAUAACUUGGUGGAAUAUCGGACAAAAAGUGGGACAGUGUAUUACAAAUAUGCUAAUCCUAAUAGUGUAUCAAAUGAUGAAUUUUCUGUCGACACAGACACAGAUGAUACCAGUCAUGCUGUAUCUUCUACAAAAAAAUACAGGGACAAGUUGAAACCUGCAACACAGACUGCUCUUGAGAAUUGGAUGCAAAGAGUUUCAACUAUAGUAAAAACUGAAAAUGAAGAACCUGAUAACUGUCAAACAACUAGUACUGCAGAGGAUGAACAGGAAGCUCAGAAAAAGGAACAAAUGUUAAGUUUAGGGUUGACAAAAACUGUAGAUAAAUCUUCUCUAAACAUAGAAGGAAAUGGGCCUGAAAAAUCUGGUAAAAGAAAGCUUAGAGCCAGGAAAAAGGUUGAUUACUUGAAAGAGAGUAUAGAACAUAGCAGUGAUUUUGAUGAUGAUAGUGAUUAUAUUCCAUAUGAGGGUUCCAGGAAAAAGAUUAAACCUACUAAAGGAAAAAGUUUUAAAAUUGAGCCAUCCAGUUUGGUGACUAUAGGAGAUAAAAAUGAUAGUUUAAAUCAAGUUAAAAAAGAUGGUGGUAGCAAGACAAUUGCUAUUAGACAAGAGUUACGAAAUACUGAAGAUGAUGAUGAUGGUUAUGAGGAAACAGCUUAUUUUCCUCCAGCAGGUUCUGUUCCUGAGGGGGUUAGAUCAAGGUAUGCUCAGGGCAAAUUUAUGAAAGUAAAAUAUGUGACAGAAUCCACCAGAGAUGCCCGUGGAAAUGUAACAGUGGUAACAAAACCUGUGCCAGUGAGGCCAAGACAGUUUGGUAUUGAUGAAAGAUUAAUGAAUAGACCUGCUGUGUAUGUGUGCCAUCCGACAGCACCUGUCGUGAAACCAGUCGUUCGAAAACAGACUUGGUAAUAAGCCAAGAUAAGGAAAUGUGGAUAUUAUAGUUUUUAAAUAAAAUUGAGUAUUUACUCUCAAAUAACUUAAAAAAAUGCAAUGUGAAUUUUUGUAAUAGUGUUAAUGUGUAAAUGAAAUACUGCGAAUUCACUUAUUUUCGUGGGCAUGAAAGUUCGUGGUUUUAUCAAAACGGGCAUUUUCGUGGGUUCUUAAAUUCGUGGAUUUUCGUUUUCUUGUUAAAAAAAAAAAGUCAGUAACCUAUUGCAAAGUAAUCUUAAACCUAACUGCCGAACAUUUUUACUUACAACAUGUACAUAUCUUUACUUGUCACACAGCGCUUGUCAAUAAAUUUAAUCCUUGCCUCUGGGCAUAACUCUAAUAUAGCACAGUUACUGCCGAUAAUUGACUGCAAUUAACACAUUUAUGUGACAUGAUAUGCACCUCUAAUGGACACACUGCCCCUGUAAUUCGCCGAUGUAAACAUCGCAUAAUCUAUACGACACCUGGCGAGUUUAAAGUUUACACCCUGAAUUGGUCUUAACAUAUUUGACAGUAACUACACGCAACGUCACAGCGACUGUGUAACUUUACAUGCAUAUAAAUUAAUCUCGGUAAAUAACACGAGUAUAUGUGGAUAUUGUUAAAGUCAAUGGCGUCUUUGAUGUUUACGGAAUAGCAUUCGCAUUCGCACAAAUACAGAUUAAAAUUCAUAUAAAUGGAUCAUUUAAAAACGACAAAAAGAAUGUACAGUAAAUCUGUUUUAGCGAUCGUAUUUUUUUUAUAGUUUUGUGUACUUACGACAUUAAUAUCAAAGACUUUUUUUAAAUUGAUAAGAGCAAACUGACAAUUUAUAUUAGCGAUAAUUAUUGCACUGCAUGGGUUCCCAUAUUUACUCGAUUAUACCAUGCAAGUAUUCUUGUUAACACAAUCAAGUCCUAGUAGACUACAACGAUCAAGUAAGUAUAUGCGACAUUUGUGACAGUCAAUGGAGGACAUAUAAUCGAGUUUUCUUUCAAGUUUCUUAAAUAUUUUGCCUUUGGAUUUAAUAUGUCACUAACCUGAUUAUCUGUCUGUAUUUACAUCCAUUUCACGAAAUAUCGGCCGGAAAAGAGCCGACGCAUGUUUGUAAUAUAUAGAACAGAGACUGGGUAAGAAGUAUUUGUUGGGAUAAAAGUUCGUCGGAUCUUAAAUUCGUGGAUUGACCUACCCACGAAAACCACGAAAAUUCGUGCCCCACGAAUAAUAAUGAUUUUACAGUAUGUUUUUAUAUAAGAAAUAGUAAAAUUGAACCUUAAUUCCAUUUAAAAAAAAAUAAUCACAAUUUGUAGAAUGUGUGAUCUGAUACAAAAGUCCUUUUUUCAGCCACUUUAAAUACACUGUAUACAUCAAUAUUUAUCUUUUAAUCUUUUAUGCCUUUCUCAAGGGAUUUCAAACGUUCACAUAAUAAUUUACAAUAGUGCAUAUUAGCAGCAUUUUGUGAUUAUAUCAUUUUUGGAGGAAUUAUGGUACUUUGAAGGGAAGGAGGGGAAGGUGUCACAUGCAAUAUAUGUAACACUGGAAAAAAAUCUGGUUUGAUUGUUUCUUACAGGAGAUUUUUGUCUCGACAUGGAAGUUAAAUGAAGAUAUGUUAAAUUGGUACUUUUUAUUGUAAGUGAAGUAAAGUUAACUUAAGACAAUUAAGAAAUCUAACUUAUUAUCCUGAUAAUUGAAUAAUCUAGGCCGUAAAACUUCAUUUUAAGUCUUAUUAAAAGUUUGAAGUUUUCAUUUUGAAUUUUGCUGUAGCAAAAAUCUGAUACAUGGAGUUUUCCUUUUGUUAAAUUAAACUGGUAAAGUUUUCUAGAAGAAAAUUUUAUGCUAGAAUAACAGAAUGACUAAAUGAAGAGAGAAAAUAACAGCAUUAAUUUUAACUUCAAUACUAUGCUUAUUGGUACACUUUUGAUAAAAUAUUGCUUUUUGAUAAACUCAGAAGAGAAGAAUAGAGUGUUAUAUUUUAAGAAUCUCAUGACUCACAACUUUUGUUAUAAUGUGAAUAAUAAAAAUAGUGAUAAUGAUAGUGAUUACAAAUUGUGUAUACCAGUAUGUAUGACAAUUGCCGAAAAUGUGUUCAUAAAUGUUCAGUGUUAUUGCAACUCAUUUACUGUUAUUAGUUAACCUGAGCACAAAGCUGUUGUGAUGGCAAGUUGUCUGUAGUUUUGUGUUCAUCAUUAUCCACAAUUUUUUUCCUUAACCAUAUGGUCGAUUUUGACAAAACUUUACAGUAAUGGCAUUUAACAUUGCCUCAUGGACCUUGGAAAAGUUGAAAUUGGACAUUAACAAUGAAAUCUUAUAAGAAAUCUUCUCUGAAAGAACAAUGCCCAGAGCAGUGAACCAAUACAAUAGUUUCACAAGUCACUUUUGAAAGGUUGACUUAUAUAGGAAACAGACUUUUUGGUAAAUUGCAUGUAACAUCACCAUGCAUCAUAAAAAUUGUAAAAAUCCUUUCCCCAUGGUUAAAAUUGGUGAAAUCUCUUAACCUAUGUGCAAAGAUUAGUGAUUCAUGGCCUUAGGGUAAAAAAUGUUCCCGUUCAUGAGUAACAUUGUUACAUUGACUAAAACAAAGUUUUCCUAUUCCUCAAAAACAACAAUGACCAGAUAAUAGAUAUUUGGCAUGUAGUUUACCCUUCAGACCUUUUAUAAAAGUUAAUAAAUCAUACCCUAUAGGGUAUAAAAAUUGGCCACAACCUGGCUUCACUUACUUUAUAUUGACUUAUAUAGAAAAACAUGUGUGAAAGUACAUGGCCUAAAAAUCUCAGAUGUUUGGUGUGUAGCAUUGUCUAAUGAACCUCUACAAAAAUUAUAUGAAUCACAAUAUUGGAAACAAGUAUGGCUUGGCCCCACUGAUGUCCCUAUGACCUAGAUCUUCAUUUAAGAAUUAUAACCUGUUCUUGUGAAGAAUCUCAGAUGAGCGAUGUAGGGAAUUAUUGUAUGAUAAUUUAAAAACUAUACUUGUAUGUUGACAAUAUUUAUCCAUAAAUCAAAUUAUGAAAGUUGUUAACAUUGUUUAGAAUUGUAAAAAUUUCUCAAGAUGAAUUUGAAUUGAAUUGUAAAUACAACUGUACAUGUAAAUCAUUAAAAUAUAAACUUCA